AUGACCUUGUCUUCGGCUUCGUCGUCUGUGGUCAGACGGACGAAGGAUAUGACUUUCUUGCCACAACCUCUACCUCUGCCGUCGAGACGCCAAAAAACGUCCAGCACGACAACUAAGGCGUCAAGGAGUGCCAGCAAGCUCAAGAGGAGCACAACGAACAGUGCAGCAAAGAGUGCAACGGAAAAGAAAGCGCACCAUCACAGCAGUGCAAUGGGGAGUGUCAGUGCCAAAGAGGCUUCACAGACUGGACCAGCGCUGCGCCAUGACAAAAGUAUAACGGCCUCAACGAGUAAGCAAAGCGGGAAGAGGGAUCGCUCGAACAGCACCGACUCCAUGCCACCUUCCGCGGUUUCCGCAAGCAACAGAGCUACAACGCAACCUUUCAAGACGGUCAGCGGUAGUACAACUGGGAGUAGCGCAGCAAUCCACCCCGAUAGUCCUUUUGACCCUACGAACACUGCUCUUUCCACUCUGGAAUCUCGUCCAAACAAACGUCAAAAAUUGACCCAAGAAUCUGUUCCGGGCCGCACAUCGCCGGAUGCAUCGCAAGUCACUGCGGAGCUACAAGCGGGAGAUUCCAUCUCGCAAAUUGCCGGGAAAUUCGACGCGACAUCCGCUCCGACAGAAACAGAAUCACCAUUCGAUGACAAGACAUCUCAAAAUGGAGGAGAUGCCGAUUCACGUCAAUGGAGCGUGCACUGUCCUUACAUGGAGGAAUUCAAAGACAAGUCGUCAGCUUUCCGAUUCGUGCAGCCACAAUAUCGACCCAAACAGGCUGCCACCAUCAUGGAGGCCAACGAGACAAUGGUCAUCGAUUAUAACCCCAGCGAUGUCCAGUCGGAACAGCACUAUCAGGAGCUCGUUUUCAUGGGGCCCGGUGCCAACCUACAGAAGCAUGCCUGGAUCAUUCCUUAUUUGGACCCCCUCCACGCGCUUGUUUACGCUCUCGAUAAGACUAAGUUCAACCGCAGGAUUGGCGAUUUCUCAUAUGAGAUGCUGUACUUGCUCCAGUCCAUCCGCGAGAAGAUAGCUUACGCAACGGGGUUUGGAAAGGCAAAGGUUUACUUUCAGAGUCAGCAUGUCUCCAGGAUGGCUGCCGAACCCCAUGUGAAGCAUCUUGAUACGAUGGAUGACCCAGAAGAGCCUGAGACCGUUGCACCAUCUGGUUAG